CUGGUACAAUUCAAAGAAAACAGCUACUGAAGUGAUAAACUAUGCAAUAAAAUAUGACUCAUUAAAACAUCUUCACAAUGUGUUCUUUUCGAAUAAAAAUAAGUUCACUGUAUCAGUAUUAAAAACUCAAGGUACCUUCUUUGGUACGUUGUUUACAACGGAAGUUAAAAACGGUGGCGAGGUAAAAUUUUGUACAAGGUUGCACUCCACUGAACUACAAACUCUUAGAUCGGCUAUAUCCGCUAUCUGCGCUGUCGGAUCAUACGACACUUUACGGAUGUUUCCGGCAAUGUCAAAUGUUAAAAUCUAUAACGAACAGUCGCGUGCAAGCUGUCAGAUGAGAGAUGGAGAUUGUUUUGAAAACACUGGAGUUUUGUAAAACAUACCAGACUUGCACAGUCGCUGCAUUGUUUUCUGCAGGAUAUGUUUUCUACUAUCUAUCAUCAGUAGUGAAGAAACCACUGUUAGCAUGUUCCGACCAGAAACUCAAGAAAUUUUUAACAAACCAUGUUCCCAUGACUACGGAGAAGUACUGGCCAACUAUAUGGUGCUUUGAAAGCCGAGCUAUGACAAUUCUUCGGUCUGUUAUAGAAAAGGGAGCAGAUAUAGAAUAUGAAUGUGAACUCCUAGGGAUGCCAGAUGGUGGCCAGAUACGCCUGGACUGGAUGACUAACACUAACAGUGCGCUGUAUCCUGACCCAGAGACCCGCCCCACAGUCGUGAUGCUCCCCGGCCUGACUGCUGUAUUCUCAUCAGCUCUAUACAGCUCAACCAGAGGAAAAAAACUGACAGUCAGGAAACAUUGUACACAAAGGACAAGCUUUGAGACAUACAUUCUGAAUCUGGUGGGACAGGCAAAGAGGCUAGGGUACAGGGUAGUGGUGUUCAACAACAGAGGAAAUGGAGCAAAACUAUUGACCCCACGGACCUACUGCGCUGCUAACACUGAGGAUCUGACCCGUGUGGUGCACUAUGUGAAGUCCAGGUACCCUGGCGCUCCACUCAUGGGUACUGGUGUCUCCCUGGGAGGCAUGAUUCUGUUCAACUACCUUGCAAAGACAGGCAAGGACUGUGGGAUGCAAGCAGGUAUGUGCAUCUCCAUGGCUUGGAACGUGUUUGAGUCAACUGGGACCCUCGAGCAACCUGGCAUCAACAAACACAUCCUUAACAGGAUGCUUGCAAAAGGGCUGGUCGCAAACUUCAAGCAAAAUAUGCACCUGUUUGAAUCCCAUAUAGCAAAUGUGCAGCAUAUUUUAAAGAGUACGACCAUCCGUGAGUUUGAUGACAGGUUCACCGCGCCCAUGUUCGGUUACCAGACCUGGGAGGAGUACUACAGGGACGCAUGUGUUCAUGACAAGGUUCACGCUCUGGAGGUGCCUGUACUUUGCCUCAACGCAUCUGACGACCCUUUCUCUCCACAUAGGGCAUUACCAAUCAAUGAGGCAAUGGAAAACAAUAACAUUGCCAUGUUGGUGACAACACACGGCGGCCAUAUAGGAUUCUUGGAUGGGGUUAUCCCACGACAGCCUACCUACAUGUACCGAUUGUUUGCGCAGUACCUAGAUGCUGUAUUCAAACAUGGACAUGAGAACUUUGAGAAGUCUGAAUAAGAGGAUUGUGUUGCCCUAGCCCAAUUUUAUGUGAAAAAAGAAUUGUUUGCAGUAUCAAAAAAAAAAUUCGAGCAGAAUCAAAGUGAAAGGGAAAGAUAUUAAGCAGAAUAAAAGCAAAAGAAAAAAAUUCCACAUUUGUGAAUCUUUAAAUUUAAAAAAAGUUAUAACAGUAAACUUAGCCAUUUACAAAUAUAAACUGAUAAUUUUGUUCUUUAUAAAUGGCUUCUUUGCAAUGAUUAAUGCAUUUGUAUGAGAUUCAAUGAUGUUUCCUAUGUCAUUUUAAAGUUAUACAGAUUGCUAGUAUACAGUCACCUGCUUUUAUUCUUUCACAAGAGUAAAAAUUUCAAAGGCACGCUUUAAGUACCAUAGUUUUUCAAAGUUUCAUUAUAAUGAAUUUCAUUUUAGCAAGCUAGCUCAGUUGGUAGAGCGCUAGCCGGCAAAUCUCAGGAUCACAGAAUCCAGCCCCAGCCCGCCACACGAGUUGUGAGCAAAUUUGUAAUAAAAUCCUUUCUACUGACAUCUCCCCCCACCACUUAGAGUAGGGCAAUUGUAAGUUACUGGUUUAACUGUGUGCAUUUAAUCCAGCUAUCCCAGGAAACAAACCACGCAAGGCAAAGUGAAAAUGGCAAUGUGCAAACAGCAUCUAAAGGUUGGAACUGAAACCUUUAAACCUUGGAUUGAGUAAGAAAGGCCUUUAAUUUGUUUUGAUUUUCUAAGGAACUACAAAUGCGUCAUAAUACGUAUCUAAGUGGUAACGGGUUAACUGACCGCUCUGAUAUGACUGAAAAAGUGUUGAGAACAGCAAACAAUCAAACUCAUGGAAAAACUAAAGAAAGUCCAAAGAAGUCUUGCUAUGGACCAGCCAUUAUGUUAAUAUACCUGUCAAUAUUGAUGUUCAUUUCUAUGGUACAUUCCAAAUAUGUUCUUUGUUAAGGGAAGAUAUUCAUCAUAAAUGUCAAUUUGUUAAGAAAUUAAGUACUACAUGUACUUUCAGUCGUAAAUUUUUAUCAGUCAUGCACCUGUUACAUGUAUUAAUGUACAUUGUUCCGUACUGUGUGUUAUUGUCCCCUACCGGUGAAACCGGAGAAACUUCUGGUUUGCUCUCUGUCUGUCAGUCAGUCUGUCAGACUUUUCUGGAUCCUGGGAUAACUUAAAAGUUCUUCAUAUUUUUUCAUGAAACUUUAAACAUGGAUAGAUGGAAAUAUGGAGAUUAUGCACGUCAUUUCAUUUUGUUCCUAUGUCAAGAAUUCUGGUUGCUAUGGCAACAAAUAGACUAGAAAUAUUGCUGAAAAUGGUGGAGUUUCACCGGUAGGGGACUUGUAUUGCUUGGCAAGUCUUGUUUCUGUUUGUAACAUACACCUUGAAUAUGAAAAUUCUUGUGCAAUAUAUUUUUAUAUUGUGUUUUUUUUAUAUAUAUAUUAAUUGUUGCAAUGUUUGUAAGUUGAUAUAAAAAUAUACUUUUCUUGUUAUAUGUGUCGUUAUUGCGAGUGAACUUCUUUUCAUUAAAUGCAAGUUUUGUAUCUAGCACUUUCCGGCAAGUCUUUCAAUAUGGUAUUCUGAUAUUGGUUUUGUUUUACUUGUGUGAAGUUUUCUAUCUGCCAAGCUAAGGCAUCUUGGGCCUAUAUUCACAACUCUCCUCGGGGAGAUCUUAACUUAAAGGGACAUUUUCACGUUUUAAUAAAUUGAAAAAAAUAAAUUAAAUUGUUCCAGAUUUGCACAUUUUCUUGAGCAUUAACCAUACUAUAAAAUAUCCAUUAAAUGCAUGUUUUCGCGAUUUAAAAACCAGAAACUUAUGUUUCACAAGCGAAACGAUUGUAUAUAUUGAAAAGUUCUGUUAUUAUCGUUAUAUUUUGUGACACUACAAGGAUUGGGUACCUAAAGAAUAAAAUACUGAAAGUAUCUUGUCUGCACAGAUGGCCAAUUGGUUAAAGCACAAAACUUAUACUCCAAGGGUCAGUGUUUCGAAAAAAUUUGAAGUUACAGCAUAGCAGUAUCUUUUUCAUGCAAAGAAAUAGACCCUAAAAGCUUUUUGAAUUCAAAAUGGAAUUUUAUAAUAGAAGUUUUACAUGACAAAAUGUCCACUUGCAACAACAAUGCAGUUUUAAAUGUUUACUUUUUUCCACCACUUAGCGACUGACCCAUGACUGCUUUUCCCAGGUAAAAUAUGGCUUUGUGAGCAAAAUAGAUGCCGUUGCAUACUGGUGAACUUUAUUCUUGGGUGUAAUAUGUUAUUUUUCGUGGCAGGGAAUCCAUACUGACCGUUGUCAACAUGGGACCAUUGUCGACAUGUUCUCAGAAGACCACUAAGUCAGGUUUGACUGUAUUAAUAUUUUCUUAUUUAACCAUAUUGAUACUUGCCCUUGGGAAACCAUAUACACAUGUAUAAACUUUCUUGAAAAAAGAGUGUUAUCCUCAUAUCAAUAAAAACUGUUUGUGAUUGAAGAGAAUUGUGUAAUUCUUCUUAACAUAAAAUGUAUAUUAUGUAUUCAAUGAGAAUAACACAUUUUCACUUAGAUUUGCAAUUAUAUGAUAAUUGGAAUACUCUGCACUUGCAAAAUGCACCACUUUAAACAUUAAACGGCAAAAUGACUGACAGCAAAACUAUUUCUAACUAAUUUAGUGAUAGAGACAGAUAGAACAGUUUCAUACUGAACACUUGAGCUGUCAGUUUUCUUGUUAAUAUUAUAUAAAAUGUGCAUGAAACUUUGUUCACGAACCACAGGUACUUAACCAUUUAAACAUUUGUGUGCUUAACCUCUCUAGUUAUGUUAAAAUUGUGUCCACUGUUAUCUGUAAGCUUUAUAUUGUCUUACAUGUUUGAUGUGCUUCUUUAUUAUUUCAUAGUUUAUAAUUAUAAUUUUUACCACUUUGUUAAAUAAAACAGAAACAAGA